CGCGCGCCUGCCCAGAGAGGAAGCGGAAAUGCGUGUCGGUAUUAAAGGCAUCGUCCCGCCCCCUAUGUGCCUCUUUCCGUCUACUGCUACAGCAACGAGAGGAGCUGUCGCCAUGUCCGCGCAUCUACAAUGGAUGGUCGUGCGCAACUGCUCCAGCUUCCUGAUCAAAAGGAACAAGCAGACAUACAGCACUGAGCCCAAUAAUCUGAAGGCCCGCAACUCUUUCCGCUACAAUGGGCUGAUUCACCGCAAGACGGUGGGCGUGGAGCCAGCGGCCGACGGCAAAGGUGUGGUGGUCGUCAUGAAGCGGAGAUCCGGCCAGCGAAAGCCAGCCACCUCCUACGUGCGGACCACCAUCAACAAGAACGUCCGAGCCACCCUCAGCAGCAUCCGGCACAUGAUCCGCAAGAAUAAGUACCGCCCGGACUUGCGCAUGGCUGCCAUCCGCAGAGCCAGCGCCAUCCUGCGCAGCCAGAAGCCCGUGACGCUGAAGAGGAAGAGGGCUCGCCCCACCAAGAGCUCCUGAGCACCUCCCCCCCAAAACAAUAAAGUAUAAAGCAUCAGCCAACUUUCUCCAA